AUGGCGAAAAUUGCAAUUGUCCAUCAGCUUCUGCAGGAGUGGAUGGAAGAGGAGUGGUGUCAAAUGGAGCAGGAAAGGGGUCAGCGCAGAGCCUACCGUGCAAGGAUAGACAUGCUGGCAGCGUACUCCUUUGAGGGUGGCGUACGGUAUGCCAGCCUGAACAGGGCAGUGCCCCUUCUCCGGCAUUAUUUUGCUGGGGAAGACACUCGCCCUGAUUUCCGGCUCAGCAGAGCAUCCAUAACCGGUCUGCUGCAGCUGCUCAACCAGGAGCGGAGCCAUGGAUGGGGGCCAACCAUAGAGGUCCUGGUGUUUCUGUUUUGGCUGGCCAGCGGUGCGUCGUACCGCGUGGUGUCGAGGGCAUUCGACAUGCCCAGGACCACGGUGCACAACGUCGUCCAUAGGGUCUGUGGCUGUGUGAUCGUGGCGAUGCCAAGGGUGAUCCGGUUACCUUCCACUGCUGAGGGGCAGAGAGAGGUAUCUGAGGGUUUUGCCCGACUGGCUAGACAUGGGGCUUUUUCCAGGGCCAUGGGAGCCAUUGACGGCUGCCAUGUUCGUAUCAAAUCCCCGGGAGAGCCCCAUGGCCAGGAUUAUUUCAACCGCAAAUUAUUUCCAUCGAUACAGCUGCAGGCGGUGUGUGACCAUGCAGGGCGCUUCAUUGAUGUGUUUGUGGGUUAUCCAGGUUCUGUCCACGACGCCCGGGUCCUGAGGCACAGCCCCCUGUUCCAGUCUGCCGCGUACCGUUUUCGACAUUUCUCCAGUGUGCGAAUUACGGGGGGGUUUGGGGGGGUCUGA